GAGGAGCAUUGAGGAAUCUAACAACAGGGAGAAAGGAAUGGUUUAGAGCAUCAAGGAAUCUAACAAUGGCAUCACAUGCAUUUACACAGCACAACUUCAAAGAGAGAUGUGGAAACACUUACUGAGUCAUCUCUUAUCUGCUCCUAUAUUACCGCUCUUAUUCUUUCCUUUGAUUUUAUUUUAUUGUUAUAUACAUAUGUAUAUAAAUAUAUAAAAGAGAAAAAGAGGGGAAAGAAGGGGGAGAGAGAGACGUAGUGGCGGUUAACGUUGAAACAGAGGAAGAAUUCUGAACGCCCGACUCUUGUGGGGCGCGUUGGAUCUCUCUCCGCGGUUUUGUGGUGGUCUGAAAGCAGCACUCCAGGAGGCCAAAGAGGCGAAUGAACGACUACCCACCUUCUCUAGCGAGAGAGACAAAGGGGAAAGCCGGCGAGGUAGAAAAGACGAUGGUAGUGUAGGGGGCUCACCGUACGCGUUCUCCAUUGUCAUUUUUCCAUUCGGAUUUUCGCUUUUUUAACAGUUUGGCAUCUGGGUUGUGCGGAAAUUGUGGGAUGAAGGAGUGUGUGCGCGGGAUGCCGGAGAAUGGGUAUUACUCCUGCAAGAAGACCGAUGACAUCUGUGAAGACGUCUGCGGCGAGGAUUCAACUCGGGCCGCAAUGAGUUUGUCCAGGAUGAAAUGCAUUUGCAGAGGGUUGAAUUUGAGAUUGUUUCUCCUUCUAUUUGCUGGUGUUCCACUGUUUAUACUUGUGAUCUAUUUGCAUGGACAAAAAGUUACAUAUUUCCUACGGCCUAUAUGGGAAUCCCCACCAAAACCAUUUAACAUGAUUCCACAUUACUAUUACGAGAAUGCAUCCAUGGAGCACCUAUGCGAGCUUCAUGGAUGGGGGAUCCGUGAGUCACCAAGGCGUGUCUUUGAUGCAGUGCUUUUCAGCAACGAAUUGGAUAUUCUCAGUAUCAGAUGGAAGGAGCUAAACCCUUAUAUAUCUCACUUCAUUCUCCUUGAAUCGAACUCCACAUUCACAGGUCUGCCCAAGCCUUUUGUGUUCCAGAAUAAUCGACAUAAAUUCAAUUUCGUAGAGCCUAGACUGACCUAUGGAACGAUUGCUGGAAGAUUCCGGAAGGGAGAGAACCCUUUUGUUGAAGAAGCAUAUCAACGGGUUGCUCUCGAUCAGCUUCUAAGAAUUGCAGGCAUAACAAAUGAUGAUCUUUUGAUCAUGUCUGAUGUUGAUGAGAUCCCAAGUAGGCACACAAUCAAUCUCUUAAGAUGGUGUGACGAAAUCCCUCCUGUUCUGCACCUCCAGCUUCGGAAUUAUUUAUAUUCCUUUGAGUUCUUAGUUGAUUAUAAGAGCUGGCGUGCAUCAGUACACAGGUAUCAAGCUGGUAAAACAAGGUAUGCACACUACAGGCAGACAGAUAAUAUGUUGGCAGAUUCGGGAUGGCAUUGUAGUUUCUGUUUCCGCCAUAUUAGUGAAUUCAUAUUUAAAAUGAAGGCAUACAGUCAUGUUGAUCGAGUUAGAUUCUCUUACUACUUGAAUCCAUCAAGAAUUCAGGAUGUCAUUUGCAGAGGGGCAGACUUGUUUGAGAUGUUGCCAGAGGAAUACACAUUCAAAGAAAUUAUUGGAAAGUUGGGGCCCAUUCCGAGUUCAUAUUCAGCAGUUAAUCUUCCAUACUAUGUCAUUGAGAAUGCAGACAAUUACAAGUUUCUUUUGCCUGGUAAUUGUUUACGUGAGACUGGCUAAUGUUCAAAAUGGGAUGAGUGAGAGUUUCCACCUUAUUGCUUGGUAUUGCUUGUUACUUAUGCAAAUGUGUUUGCAUAUGUAUUCAAGAAGGAAAUGCUCGUCUCCUCUCCAUGCUGAUAAUUCUUUGGAGGGGGAGUUCUUGAAGACGGGUGAUUUUAGUUUCAACUCAUAACCGGGAGCUUUUUGUAUUUGUUGAUGCUUGAAUUGCCUGCUGUGGCAUUUCACUUGCUUGGAGGAUGUCUUCAUUUGAACUCAAGACUAGCCCUUUGUCAAAUAUCAUGAUACUCUUUGACAGGAUGAGCACGAGUAGCAUGAGUCUGAGCCUGUUUGCUGCUCACUUUUUUCUGACUAAUGUAUCUCCUCUUGCAGCCUCUCUAGGCUAGUUGUCUUUUGGUUUGUAAUUACCAUCGCAAUUCUCUCGAACUUUUCUGUUAUGAUUCUUUUUUUAUUGUUUAUAUCAAUAUCACAAUAUCCAAGUUCUUUCUAUCA